ACUGCCGAGCCGAGGAUAAAUCGCACCUAUCUCACCUCCUCUGCAUCUCUUUUAAUUGUAAAACGAACAUCAGAAGAGCUCGCCCUUUUUAGAUUUCUCUUUUUCAUGCCUUGGGACACUCUUUAUGCACUGUUUUUUGUACUUUAAACUUAUUCUCACUGGUGACCAUGGCCGUACCAGCUGCUUUGAUCCCUCCGACCGCUCUGGCUCAGCCGCCUCCGAUCGCAACUUCUUCAGCUGCAACCACCUCGCCCUCAACAACCUCUUCGCCGUCUCCCUCAUCAGCGCUUUCUGGACCAAACCUGUUUCGAUCUGAGAUUAUUACUACCACCAGCCCCGGCACCCCUGCCGGCAACCUGCCCAGCAAGCCCGUGUACUCGACUCCGUCUCCUGUUGAGAACACUCCACAGAAUAACGAGUGUAAAAUGGUAGAAGUGCGGGGAGUUAAGGUGGCUUCCUUUACGGUGGACGGACGCGAGCUCAUCUGUCUUCCCCAGGUAUUCGACCUCUUUUUGAAACACUUCGUAGGGGGGCUGCACACUGUUUACACCAAGCUGAAGAGGCUCGACAUCACGCCGAUAGUGUGCAAUGUGGAGCAAGUCCGCAUCCUACGGGGACUCGGGGCUAUCCAGCCGGGAGUCAAUAGGUGCAAGCUCAUCUCCAGAAAGGACUUCGAGAUUCUUUACAACGACUGCACAAAUGCGAGUUCCAGACCCGGGAGGCCCCCAAAGAGGACACAGGGCGUCACAUCUGCAGAGAACCCUCACAUGAUGGCCCACGCUGUACCUGGGCUGAUGUCAUCAGGAAUCAUUGCUCCUACAGCCGCUGCCGCUGCAGCCGCCACCAACGCCGCCAUCAUCGAGGCCAUGAAGGCAAAGAAGAUCAAGCUGGAAGUCAUGGGCAGUUACCACAGCAACAGUAACCAACACGGGGCAGACUCGGAAAAUGGAGACCUUAACUCCAGCGUAGGUUUGGAGCUCCCAUUUAUGAUGAUGCCACACCCCCUGAUUCCAGUCAGCCUACCUCCCGCGUCAGUCACCAUGGCGAUGAGUCAGAUGAACCACCUCAGCACCAUUGCAAACAUGGCCGCAGCUGCUCAGGUCCAGAGCGCACCAUCCCGAAUGGUGACCUCUGUCAUAAAGGAACGUGUACCAGACAGUCCAUCCCCUGCUCCUUCUCUGGAAGACGGGAGGAGACCAGGCAGCCAGGCAUCGUCACAUCAAAGCAGCAGUGCGUCCAGCUCUCCCGCUCGCACAGAAAGCUCCUCUGACAGAAUACCCUUGCACCAGAAUGGGCUCUCCAUGAACCAGGCUUUUCUGGGGCUGUCUCCAAAUGUGCUGCCAGGUCCUAAGGAGGGAGAUCUUGCCACUCAUGAGCUUGGGCAUGAAAUCAAAAGACUACAUGCUGAAAAAGGUGAGACUUCACUGACAAGAGACAGUUACGAGAGACUCCCGCGGGGUGGCCAGAUUUUACCUGCAGGAUUCCCCUCUGCUUUCCUCUUUCCCGAUGGGUUAUCCUCAAUAGAGACGCUGCUGACAAACAUACAGGGCCUCUUGAAGGUUGCCAUCGACAACAACCGAGCCCAGGAGAAGCAGAUUCAGUUGGAGAAGACAGAGCUGAAGAUGGAGCUGUUUCGUGAGAGGGAACUGAGGGAGACACUGGAGAGACAGCUCGCUGUGGAGCAGAAAAACAGAGCAAUAAUUCAGAAGCGGUUAAAGAAGGAGAAGAAGGCCAAGCGGAAACUGCAAGAGGCCCUUGAGUUUGAAACCAAAAGGCUCAACCAGGCAGAGCAGACCUUGAAGGAGACCUCACCGACAGACAGUGUCAGAACUCUGAGUGACCCAUUAACCCAAGAGAUUGAGACUGACCACAGCGGUGGCAGAACAGAUGCUGAAAGGACAAUACAAGAUGGAAGACUGUUUCUGAAAACCACGGUGAUGUACUGAUUAAAGAGAGGAUUGUGUAGCCAUCAAGAAUAGGAAGAUCUGCAAAUCAUCCCCUUUUACCAGGCUGAUCUAAACAGAAAAAAACUUGCUUCCUUUGCGUCAGACAUUUCCCAGGAAGUGGCAUCAUAUGGCUCUUAUCAUCUGUAGAAGUUAUAUGUGCAUAAAAGUUUAUUGUGUCACUGUACCUGACAAAAACAACAAUUCCAUUGUUCAGCAUAAAUGCUUAAUAGGACAAGUUUCUCUGGUCCUUUCAGCAUUUACUCCCCAUAACGGCAACACAGACAAGGCAAUGUUUGUAUUUAUGUAAAUUGCUCAUUAAAUAGGUGACAACAAACAAUUUAGAUGUCUAAAUACAAGACACUUUUAUGCAUAUACCCCAUUGUGUCUAAACUUUAAAUUAGAGAUAUUUUUCCACUACCACACACAGCAGUAAUAGCCAGGACUGAACUAUGCUGUAUAAAUAGUUACAAAUCCCCUAUUUUGAAGGUAUAAUAUUUCAAAAGGAAAUGUCAGAGAGUGCAGUGGUGAUGAUUCCCAGCACUGAUUUUGUUAGGACCAUUUUUAAACCAGCAACACAGUUUUGAACAAGAAAUCAAAGUCAGAAUUUUUAUUUUAUGUAAACUAUUAUACUUUGCUUUUCAAUUUCAAGACAAUACACAAAGUCAAAGACAGCCUCUGGGGGGAAAUGCUGAUUUAACAUGCUCAUGACAAUAAAAAUAUGGUUCAAUGUUUUGUAAAUGAGACGGAAUCCAUCUUAUUUUUACCACUGUAUAUAUCAGAUUAGAGGAGCGA